AUGGCAGUAUUGCCUAGUCUACUGCUGGAUGCAGACCCAUCGCAAUCCUGUAGAUGGAUAGAGAAUUUUCUGCAUCAUCACCUCUUUCACGAAGCUGCGUUUCUGGCCGAGCGUUUACCAGCCUUUCCAGAGGUGGAGGGUGGUAGAGUGCUUGAGUUGUGGGCAGAAGCAUUGCUCUCUGCUGGCGAACCUUCACGUGUGCGGCACCAGCUGCAGGGAAUUCAUUGCUCACGAUCUUUAUCACCUCGUGUACUUUACUUGCUGGCUCUGGCUUGCAUCAGGCUGGAGCACUACGAUGAGGCAGAGGUUGCCUUACUAGCUGGGAAUAUCGAUCUGCUGGAAAAGUGGCGCAAUGGACAAAUGCAGCCUCUGGAACAUGUAGUCGAAGGCGCCGCGGGCGCCUAUCAGCUUGGACGGGCGGCAGAGGGAAUGGGCAGGAAGCAUCAAGCCUUGGACUGCUAUGCAGCAUGCCUGAAACAGUGCCCGUAUAUGUGGGGUGCCUUCGAGCGAUUCAGCUGGUUAUCGCUGUGCCGGCAAGACAGCCGUCCUGGGCAGUCCCCCAGGGACUUUGUGGAUGCAGCCCUGAAUCCGUCCAACAAGGCAUCGACUCCAUUGUCCGGUGCCUGUGUUGCAACUCCCGGGGAAGACAUCGUAGCUCGGGGGUGGACACCUCGUACUCCACGCAAGAGAAUGCGCAGUCGGAGUUUCGAGAAGCGCCAAAAACAAAACAAGGCUCCAGGCAAAGCGACCUCGCCGUCGAAAGUGCGCGCGAUUUUCUCACCAAGAAAGGGUCCAGGAUCUCCUUCGGCUCCAGAGGUGCUCACGAAGCUUCCGCAGCUGCCGCUCGCCGACGGAUCACCAUCUCCCGGCCCGAAAGCAGCCGGCUGCUCGACAUCAGUCAGCAGCACGUCUGCCAAGGAGAUGAUGGCCGUAUCGGUGCUGAAAGGAGUUGGGGAGGCUCUCCAUGCUGUCCACCGCUUCCACUGUCAAGACGCUCUCGAGAUUCUGAGCAAACUGCCGAGCCACGAGCGAGAGUCAGCCUUCUGCCAGGACUUGGCCGCCCGCUGUAAUUUUGAACUCCAGAACUACCGCGAUGCUGCGAUCCUGUACAAGCGCUGUUCUUCUCUGCACAAGUUCCACUCGUCAUUGGGCUUGGAGUAUUAUUCGACCACCCUUUGGCACUUGGGGGACCGACUGGAGCUUGGUCAACUCUCCAGACAAGUCUUAGAGCGGCUGCCUUGGACGUCUUUUUCUCCAUCAGUCUCCUCUGAACUCUAG